AUGCUGCAAGAAAAAAAGGCUGAAAGAAAGAAGACAAGACGAAGAAGAAAAGAUGGUUCUAUUUAUGUUGGCGGAGAUAUGGAUGAACAAAUUAAGUCAAUGAUUGAUGCUAUGAAAGGAGCCGCAAAAGUACUGCCACUUUUCCAAAUUGAUGUUUUUAUUUUUUUUAAUAACGGAAUGAUGAACGCAGUCAGUGAGUGGCUUGCUCCACUUCCCGAUAAGUCAUUGCCGGCUCUAGAAAUCAGGACGGAAUUGUUAAGGAUUUUGCAAGGGUAUGGGCGAUUGGAGCCAGGAACUUUAAAACAGUCAGGACUUGGACGAGCAGUUAUGCUGUUAUAUAAACAUCCUAGAGAAACACCAGAGAAUAAGCGUUUAGCGCAGAAUUUACUUAGAGAGUGGGCUCGUCCUAUCUUUCAGCUGGAAACUGAUUUUAGUACAAUGACAAAAGAUGAGCGUGUUCAACGUGAUUAUGCGCAGCAGCCUGAAGCCAAGAAACGACUUAUAAAGUUGUUUUUUGCGGAACAAGAUAAAGAGUCUGAACCACGUCCUGGCGAUAAAGGUUUUAUUAUUCGAGCCAGAGUGCCUAGGCCAUCACAGAAGGAUUAUGUAAUUAGACCAAAAAGCAAUGUAGAGGGUCAGUUCCAUGGGGCUACAAAAAGCCGUCAAAAUUCUAGGUUUGAUAAAGCACAAAGGGAAUUUCGAGAAAGGAACAAACAGACCAAGAACAUGCGUGCAAUGAAAGUUAGCAUUGAAGGUCGGAAAAUGGAUAUUUGA